CUCAGUACUGCCGACCACAUCAGCUACCCGGAAAACUAACGCCCUCACGAGCAGCACAGACAGGUAGAGUUCGUUUUCUGAGAGCUGAAGUGUGUACCUGAUAAACACGACAAUGGCUAAACUUAAUAGCUGUUUCCAACGCCUUUUUGUCUUCUUCAACCUGCUGUUUGCGAUCGUUGGAGGUGUGAUUAUCGGCCUGGGACUUCUGGGUCAAUUCGUCUACAAUGACAGCACUUCAGAGUUGGAGAACCAGACCAAAGGGUUUCUGGUGAUGUAUCUGGUAGGAGGCGUCACCAUGGCCAUGUCUCUGCUCGGGGCGUACGGAGCACACAGAGAGAAGAGAAUUCCCCUGAUCGUGUUUCUGGUGGCCUGUUUUAUUGGCUGCUUCGGCCUCCUGCGUCUGGCGGUGCCUACAGCCAUGUACCGUUCUGAGAUGAAGCAGAUCAUGGAGGCGAAGUUCCGUGAGGCCCUGCCUCUGAACGAAGCCUCCCCUGAUGUUAGACAGUUCACUGAGAGGAUUCAGCUGAAUUUGAAGUGCUGUGGGCUGUUCAGUUACACAGACUGGGGCAACAACGUCCCUGACUCCUGUCUCUGUCAGGGGGAGGAAGAUGAGAUGAAGGGUACAUGCCUGAACAUUCCAUACCGGUUGUUGUUCCUUUCAGAGUACAGGAUGACUGGACACCAGAAGAUGAUCUACAAACAGACCUGCUUCCCCAUCCUCCAGGGCUACCUGGCUAAAGCUCUGGACAUCCUGUUGGGCGUUUCCUUCGCAUUCGCUGCUCUGGCUCUCCUGGGAGCUGUGAUGUCUGCCGUCCUGCUGGCUCAGCUGAGGAGUUCUACCGUAGCAGUUCCUGUGGUGUUUAGUGUCAGCUCUCACCCAUCCAAGUUCGGCUUCAGUUCCCACCCACCCAAGUUCGGCUUCAGUUCCCACCCACCCAAGUACAGCGAGCUUUACAACGAGCCUGAGAAGCCUGAGAAGUGAAAAAGCAGACUGAGGUUCAGAAUGUGGUUAGUUAGAUGACAUGGGUUUAAGCUGUUGUUCAGUCUGGCUCAGCAUAGAAAUAUAACUACUAGAAUGGUUAAAGCCCCACAUUCUUCAGCGUUAUGGCUGGACAACCAUGGGGUAUGAUCAAUACAGUUGAAUGGGGAUUGUCUUUCUAGUGAUCUAUUUCUAUGGUGUCCAGACUCCCACUGUUUUCCUUGCACAUCUUCUUAUGGUUGUUGUGUGUUUUUCAACGAGAGGUGCUGCUUCCUUCUGUGUGUCAUUUGCUUUGAUUUGAGUUCUAUGUUUAAAGGGAAUCACCACCGGUGGUUUUAUAUAUAUAUUGCAGGGAAUUCUGGGUAAAAAUGGUUGGGAAACGUUACGUUUUAUUUGCAGAAUGAGACACAAUGAGCCGGCAGGGCGUUUUGAAAAGAGGACAUUGCAAAGAGAGUACAACUCUGAGAUAGUAAGGACAGAAUGUCAUUUCCAUAGGACUUUGAAUGUCAAAUCAUUUGCCUUGAAACUGCAGUAAUAAAGAGGGAAACGGAAGGGGAAGUUGACAAAGAGAAACGGGGAAGUAAAUAUCUGGAGCUGACAGAAGUCCUGUAGCUGUUUGCAAUGAAAUGGAACAAUGUUAAGUGUUUUGCUAUGAACUGUAAAUCCUAAUAUGAGAUAUACAACAUGCCAACUGUCUUGCUCUCUGUUUCUAAAUAAAGCAUCUGUCUUCUA